AGUGUCACUUGACGAAGGAAGAGGAAGAGAGAGAGAGAGAGAAAGGGAGAAAUAGAGAGGAAAAUGGACUGAUUCGGCGACGAUAGAAGGGUUUGACACAGGAAAGAUGACCGUGGACGACCGGUGUUUCUUCAGCAAGUGUGUGGUCCAGCUGGCCCGCACUCUCGCUAAAAUAAAGCCGACGCCACAGGAUAAGGUUGAGAAGCUCUUAUCCCUGUGUCCAGGGGAAAGUCACGGAGGAGUCUACCGCGUGGACCAACGAGGACAAGAUGCUGUGGUUGCACUAGGAGUGUAUUUUCUUGAGUCUGGCCUGCAGCACGAGGCUUUAAUCCUCCAAUACCUUCUCCGACUGCUUCGAGCUCUCCCGAAGGCUGUGUGGCUGGACGAAAAGAAAAUUAACUUGACGGAUCGCAUACCAGUUGCCGAGCGUUUCAGCUUCUUGCUCACAACACUUCUGAGUGAUGUUGCCGCUCAGAGUGAGACUGUGCGCGAUGAGAUUAUCAAUACACAAAUCGAAGUUCUGUCAACCCUGACAAAUGGCAUCAUUAGGAAUGUGCGAGAUGACCAGCUACGCUCAAGCAAUGCUAAAAUAUCCCUAUGCCGUGGAACAAUACCAGUUUUAUUGGGCCUGGCCCGUGCCCUAGGCAGAUCAACAUCAGGAGACCCUCUGUUUCUACGCAUCUUCCCGGCUUCAACCAUCCCAACACCCGUGCCCGCGGAAACUACACAGAUGGCGAAGAAGAAAAGCUUCAGUAACUUUCGUCCCAUCAUUCCAAGGUCAUUGUCGUCCACCUUGCCCUCCUGUCCUGACGUGGUUUCACUCGUCAGUGUAGAUAGCGACCGGGACAUUGGUUUACGAGUCCCUGGAGGAGCCCCAAACAAACGUCCUUCGCUGCAGUCUCAGCAGUCUGUUCCCUACGAUCCGAAGGUGUACUUCUUUCAGAAAUAUGGAUCCAGCUUUGGGGCAAGCUUGCCUCAGGUUGCCCAGUAUGAUCACACAUUAAUUUUCCCAGUGCAGCAUCUACAGACUGUUCUAGCCAAUGCAAAGAAGCUCUUGGCAAAGGAGGUACUAGCAGUACUUGAUGAGGUAUCACGUGAAGUUUUCAGCUCUGGCCAGAUCAAGAUGUUCCCUUAUAGGACUCUGCGAGAGACUAUUAACUUGGUCAUGGUAACACUUCUGAGGGAACUUCUGGCCUAUCAGAAAGACUUGCCGGUGCCAUUCACAAGAGACGUCCAAGACUUUGUGAAGAGCCUCUACCUGUCUGGCCAGACUGAACUUGCAGGACAGCAGCAGGAAUCAGGAGAGAAGGACGACCCUGCUGUGAAGACUCAAGCUGUUAACACUUUUAGGAUCAAUGUUCAGGCAAAUGCUGCUUGUGUUGAUCUGUUGGUAUGGGCUAUUGCUGAUGAGUCAGAGUCAGACCAGGGCUCAGAACUCUCUUUCCUUCUGUCAGUUUUCACAAAUCAUCUCCAGAUGCAAGAUGUUGAUGGUAACACAGAUGCCGAGAGCCUCUGCAAUCGACUGACAGAGAAGCUCAACCUUCCUCAUGGCCAUCGACUGGUUUUAGCUCACAUGCCACUUCUCUUGGUUUGCUUAGAGGGUUUGGGAAAGCUAGCGAACAAGUUUCCAAAUAUUGCCGGGACCAGCAUAAAUUACCUGCAGGACUUCCUUGUCAGUCCAUCGCCGAUUCUUCUCAAGCUACACCGUCAACAGUCAGAUUUCUUAACACCCCAGCAAGGCAAUUUGACUGUCAAAGUAACUGGAGACGGGGCAAACAGACCAGUCUCAGCCACAGCCACAGCCCUUGAGAGGCUGAGAGAUGCUGCCAUUGAGAACCUGUGUGUGGCUCUGAAGGCAGGCUUAACAGUGGACCCUAACACAGUUCUGGCCUUCAUAUCUUCCAUAUCCGGAAGGGAAAAGGCUGGACAUGACCGUCUUCCUGAAAGCGACAACAUUGUGAUCUCUCAUACUGUGGUAGUAGCACUGGGACAUGUGGCAGUGGCACUGAAGGACUCACCACGCACCACAGAGACCAUUUUGCACCAGUGCCUCCUACAGCGCUUCUGCCGACCACCGUCUAUCCUUGACACUCUCAUUGUUGAUCAGCUGGGGUGCAUGCUUCUGGCCAAGAAUGAUCCUAAAGUGUGUGAUGAGAUUAUGGAACAGUUUAGUAAGAUUAUCCUGGAGGCAAGCAGUGGGACCUACGGUGUGGGUGCAGGCCAAGACCAGCGCAUGAAACAAUAUAGGCAUGUCGCUACUGCAGUUCACAAUGCUCUAGCAAAUAUUGCAGCAAAUAUUCAAGGUGAAGCUGAAAUGGACAAGCUAGUAAUGCGACUUCUGGAACUGUUUGUGAAGCUGGGUUUGGCAGCUAAACAAAACUCAGAAAAACAUCCUGCAGUCUUGAAGGCAUCAAGCAGUGCAGGAAAUCUUGGUGUGCUCAUCCCUGUGAUUGCCGUGUUGGUUCGCCGUCUUCCACCAAUCAAGGAACCGAAACCUCGCCUGCUUAAGCUAUUCCGAGACUUCUGGCUUUUCUGCAUUGUGAUGGGCUUCACUCAGCAGGAAUCAGGGUUAUGGCCUGCUGAAUGGUACAUGGCUGUGUGCGAUAUUGCUGUCACCUCUCCUCAGUUACUCUCCCGAACCCAGCACCGCUCUGAAAUGAAGGAGCUCUAUUAUACUUAUGCAGUUCGUGAUGAGUCGGUGUCAGUGGGAGAAUUGGGUGAACUACGACAACAAAUUCUCAGUCUCCUUGAGCAUCCUACAGACGUCACCCCGGUGGUCAACAAGUUAUCUUUCGCUCAGUGCAUUUAUGUGCUGUCUGUAUAUCGAGUAGAAGCACUCAGAGUAAGGAGCUCUGCAGAGACAAGUUUUAUGCCAAUGUUCGAGUACCUGCUGGACCCAGCCAUCCAGAACGACAAAUGUGAUAUGUGGACUUGCAUCAACAGAGUGAGUGAGAAAGUAUUCAACAUAUUCCUUGAGCAAGUGAGUCACCAGCCUCGAGAUGAAAGGCAAGAAAAGCUCCUGGUGCUUCAUGCGCAGUUUCUUCUGACACACUUCAACCACACCCAGGCACAGAUCAGGCGUGUGGCUGACAAGCUGCUGUCAAAACUUGUUGACAAGUUCCCACAGCUCCUGUGGAAUGGCAAUGUGCUACGAACCCUCCUAGACAUUCUGCAGGUCCUGGGCUACUCUCUACAGCUAGACCCUAAUGAUGCCAACCCAACUAUUCCUAUUCCUGAUACACCUUUUAGCAUCACGCUUAUGGAUACUCUUGAGUAUAGGGAGAGAACCGUUAGCGACUUUGCUGCACGUUGCCAAGGUAUCCUUCAAGAGGCAAUGAAAUGGGCUCCAGAGGCAACUCGGUCCCACCUGCAGAAUUACCAGACACACAUCGACCAAUCCAAUCUAACGUCACACUCUGGCUUGGCCCUGGCUACUCAGUCAGUCAUGCAGUAUGCAGGUCUUGGGACACCUACACACAUGAGCCAUACUGCAACCAUGGACAAGCGCAACAAAGGUGCGACAGACCUCACCUCCUCCUUCAUGAAGUCAUUAAGCCUGAGAACACACUAUCAGGGUGAGAUAUCAGGGUUGCUUCUGAUGGUGAGAGACGAGAGUCAACGAGAACAGCUGAUCGCCAAGCUCCUUGGUGACAUAAAGGUGGCUUGUGAGAAGAAGAAGGAGGUGGACUUCAGACAGGGACUCUGGAGGGCAACUGGGCUCAUGAUUUUCUCAGAAGGCAUCAACCGCAGGCUACUUCGUCACAUUUGCUCUGCGUGUCUAGACAUGUUCACAGAAGAUGCCAUGGAAAACAGCGUGGCUUGCUGGCAGUGGAUACUUUCAGCUCGCCAUGACAUGACACUACCUUUUAUGCAGGAGAUGAUAACAGCUUGGCAGGAAAGUGUUGCGCGGCGUUUGGGCCUGUUCUCUCGUCAGAUAGAUGAAGUGAAUCCCCUUGCGGCAUACGAAGGCUGUAAUCUUGA